AUGGCAUCAAUCAAUGAAACUUCUGUAGUCACUGGCGUUAUAACGGAGGCAAUUGAUGCAAGUGCCAACGAAGAGAAGACUCUUACAGAGAGGCCUUGGCAAGAAGACAAAGGAGUUCCUGAGAGCUUGCUGUACACUUAUGAGAACAGUUUGUGGACAGAUGUGACACUGGAAUGUACAACAGAGAAUGGAGACACGCAUUUCAUAAAAGCCCAUAAACAUGUAUUGGCUUCCCGAAGCACUGUUUUUGAGGCUAUGUUGUUUGGUCCAGCGGCUGACAAAGGGGAUAUAGUAAAGAUUACAACGUUCAGAUACGAACUCAUGGACUUACUUAUAAGGUACUUGUAUUCAGAGAAGACACAUUUUACCGAAAGCACAUCACGCCUCAUGUUUGAGAUGGCUUAUUUUUACCAAGUUCCCGCACUAGUCAACUUAUGCAGUCAAUAUCUUCAAAGCAUCGCCAGAGAGGACAACGUUUGUGAGAUACUAGACCUUGCUUUGCAAUAUGACAACGUCGGUCUUAGACAGGCAGCUUGCGAUUAUAUCGAUCAAAAUGCAACCAUAAUUAUCGAAACAGAUAGUUUUGUACAUGUGUCCAAACUGUGUCUCGAGUACAUUCUUAAAGCUGAUACGUUUCACGUUGAUGAAAAGACAAUACUACGCCGGGCAAUAGAAUGGGCAAAACUUCAUCAGGGCAAUGAUAGUCUAAACAUGGAUGAAGAUAUCAGAUUCAACAUAACCGUGAAACAUUUUCGAAACACCAUUGGGAAUGCGUUUCAAUACAUCCGUCUAGGAGCUAUGUCUUUUGCUGAAUUUUCAGAAUGUGCAGGAAGCACUUUGGAUGCAGAGGAAAUAAAGGAUAUUCUACUUUUUACAAAUAUUUGCUCCACAGAUGAGUUCCAUCAAAAGAGAUUGCCGAAAAAGAAAAUAUUUGAACUCAAGAACGAACAUGGGCGUUUAAUAAUCGAUUGGGCCACAAGCUGA